CGCAAAUACACACCCCAAGAGGCUUCCAAGAGGCCCCAAUCCGUAAUCAUUCUGGCCCAAGUCAUUUGGCUCAAGCCAUUUCGAGCCAAGCCACCUUUGAUCAGGGCUACAGAUUGGCUUCUGAGCUAAUUUUCUAUAUCCCGCGUUUCCUCUCCGCGCUUCUCUCUUCGCGCAACCAUGGCCUUCAUGGCGAGAGCUCUGUCGCUCGCGGGCCUGUUGACCACCGUCAAAGCCGUGGAGUACCAAGAGGUCACGUCAGUAGAUGGAGUCAAUCCUACAUGCGCGGAGAUGGCUACAGCCGGCGAGUGGCGAAAUCCGACGGAGGCCCAGUGCCAGCAUUAUGCCGAGGUGGAGGUUCCGGGUGGCUCGUUUGGAGGAACAGCUCCAAACGGUGCACCAUGCGGGUGCAGCACCCUUGACCCCAGUGGCAGCAACAAUCCUUUCUACUACGCGCCAUGUGUAGAGGGAGCACCGACGACAAGCGUCGAAUUUCACAACAUCUGCGUCAAGACCGUCCUUUGCAAGUCCACGACCUGCUCCGAGAGGUUCCUGUAUUGGUGCCAGCAGACCACUGUGGGCUUCGGCUCCAACGACAACGAGGGGCCCGCGAGCUCUCCGACGGACAUCCUCGUUGCCGAGUGCGAACAAUGCAGAGGCGCCGCCAACACGGACACUUGCCCAACGAAGGUGGUUCGCUUGUACGAUGCCGCUCCGGAGGCGGAGCCGACCUCGGAGCUCGACAAGAACUCCGUUGCGGUGUCAGUGCCGCUCGGAUUGGUGUUCGCUCUCGCCGCUAUGGGUGGGGUCAUCGGCGUCUCCCGACGCCGCGCGUCCAACCAGCCAGUGCUCGUGGAGGACGAGCAAGAUCUGCUGCGCGAGUGAACGAGUACGCCUGAGGCAGCAGCUCAGGCCUAUCAGGACCAGAGGACACAGAGCUCGCCGAGUCAUGCAUGCUUUUUGAGAUGCCUCCCCGUCUGACGUUCGCAAUCGCUUUGCGCCAGUUCAGCGAUCAAAGUUGCGUACCCCUCUCUCUCUCUCUCUCUCUCCCUCGCGCUCUCUCUUACGACAAAUCCCUACAUCCUGCUUACCUCCCUCCUCCCGACGUGGGAAGCGGUGCUCUGGCGCCGCUCGGAUCGCAGUAAGGAGACCGACCUUCUGCAGGCCCACGGGAACUUGAGGCUCUUUUUCACUUGAGUUUGAAGUUUUGCAAGUCGCGAUAGGCCUCGCUCCAUGUUUCAUGUCAGCCACAAAAAAGAAGAGGCCUCCAAGAUGUCUCAAGAGAGC